UAGAUUAGAUAGUACAUAUACAACAGAUUCUAUACUUAUUCAGGGAUCUACCUACACCUCUACUCCCCUCUCUAUACAAUGUAGAAGACUACCUGAACCCCCUCCUUACCCUGGCCAGCAGCUCCAGCAACCAGCACAUGGCAAUAAUCAGUAUACGCAUUCUUAUGAAGUACCUAGACCUAUAGGGUAUCUGGACAUGAGCUUAGGAUCCAGAAAAAGUUCAAACUCUAGAUACGGAUUUGAGGGGGAUGAGAACAAAGAAGAGGAGGAAGGGGAGGAGGAGGGGGAGGAUAUGGAAGGGGAGGAGGAGGGGGAGGAUAUGGAAGGAUAUCUUAAACCUACUUUUCCACAAAUAGAAAGAAAAUCUCCAAGUUUUAUGUUCCCUGAGUUGCGGAGUUCAAGUAUCCAGGUGGAGAGUUAUGGAACCUCAUCUCCAGGUGCACCUAGAUCACAGGGACAGAUAUCCAGUAGACCAGAUCUUAUACCUCCAGAUAGAACAAGUCCCUCUAGUCUGACAAGUUCAAAUUCUAAUCAACCUCUAGUUAUAUCUAAAUCAGUGGACAUCUAGACUACAAUAUUAUCUAGUGUAUACAUCUAGACUACAAUAUUAUCUAGUGUAUACAUUUAGACUACAAUAUUAACUAGUGUGUACCUCUAGACUACAAUAUUAUCUAGCGUAUACAUCUAGACUACAAUAUUAUCUAGUUUAUACCUCUAGACUAUAAAAUUAUCUAGUGUAUACCUCUAGACUACAAUAUUAUCUAAUGUACACAUCUAGACUACACUAUUAUCUAGUGUAUAUCUCUAGACUACAAUAUUAUCUAGUGUAUACUAUUGGACUACAAUACUAUCUAGUGUAUACCUCUAGACUACAAUAUUAUCUAAUGUAUACUACUGGACUACAGGAGUUUAUGGACUACAAUAAACCCAUUAAUGAAAUAAGCAUAAAGUCUCCAAGUAUUUAAAAGUGCUCAUGUCAAUCAAAAGUGCCAUCAUACACUAAGU